UUUGGAAAACGUGGAAGUCGAAGAGAGACCAUCGAAUUUUCCGUCUUGCAGCUUCCGUUAUAAACAAAAUUUUCUUUUAUUGAUCUGAAAAGGGUGUAGAGGUUCAAUUCCACCCGACAAAGUCUAAGAAAAUUUCAUCAACAGGACUCAAAAGAAUGGUAAAAGCCAUUAGGGUCUACGAGCUUGGUGGCCCUGAGGUACUAAAAUGGGAAGAUAUGGAAAUUGGGGAUCCUAAAGAAGGAGAGAUCAGAGUGAAGAACAUGGCCAUCGGUGUGAACUUCAUUGAUAUAUAUUACCGGACCGGAGUUUAUAAGGUGCCUGAAAUUCCUUAUACACCAGGAGUGGAGGCAGCAGGUUUGGUGACAGGGGUGGGGUCUGGAGUAAACAAUUUGAAAAUCGGAGACGUUGUUUAUCAUAAUUCAAUGGGAACCUACACGGAGGAGCAGAUUGUUUUGGCUGAAAAAGCGUUUCUCUUACCUCUCAUCGAUCCUUUAGUCGCCGCCUCUGCCAUGGUCAAAGGUCUAACUGCUCGGUUCCUAGUCCGAACAUGGUUCAAGGUAGAACAAGGACACACGGUGCUCGUCCAUGCAGCAGCAGGUGGAGUAGGAUCUUUGUUAUGCCAAUGGGCAAAUAUGCUGGGUGCCAUUGUUAUCGGAACUGUGUCAACUAAGGAGAAGGCUUUGCAAGCAAAAGAAGACGGAUGCCAUCAUGUUAUUCUCUACAAAGAAGAGGAUUUUGUUACCCGUGUUAAUGAGAUUACAUCCGGACAAGGAGUCGAAGUUGUCUUCGACUCCGUAGGGAAAGACACUUUUCAGGGAUCAUUGGCAUGUUUGAAAGCUCGUGGAUAUAUGAUGAGUUAUGGUCAAUCUUCCGGGACGCCUGACCCUGUUCCUUUAUCUGCAUUGGCUGCAAAAUCCCUGUUUUUGACGAGGCCUUCUCUGAGGACAUCUAACAUUUCUAAGGAGGAGAUGCGUGAAGCCAUUGGAGAUGUAGUUAGUAAGGUGGGGUCGGGUGCCUUGAGGGUCCGUGUAAAUCAUACGUACCCAUUGUCACAGGCUGCUCAAGCGCAUGCUGACAUGGCAGCUCGGAAAACUUCUGGCUCCAUUGUGUUGAUACCUGAUGGAUCAGGGCACUGAAGUUUGCCACAUUUUAGUCCUGCUUUUGCUUGGUUUGCAUGAAAGAAAGAAUUGAUGCAAGUUAUUAGACAUUAGUUAUGGUGCAAUAUUUAUACUUGUACUUUUACACAAAUAAUAAUCUGUAAAAAUUAAUUUUCUUUUUUACUCCUAUUCUCAUA